AUUUAAAGAUGGUCAAGAAAUUCUAACUGGUUCAGAAUUAUUUUUUUAAAAAAAGAGCAAAGUGAGAUUGAAUUUCUGAAAUAAAAAGAGUAAGAAGAAGAGUUGAGUUAAUGGAUUCACUAGAAAACGAACGUCUGGAUAUCUAACUGACAUAGUAUUUGGGAAAAAAAAGUUACAGGGGUAUUAUGGGUAUUUAGGAGGGUUGUGUUAAAGUAAAAUAGGGUUGCAUUUAGCAACCAUGAAAAAAGUAGAAGAAUCCCAGCGAAAAUUAUAAAAAUGCAACACUCAUCUUCCUAUUUUCUCUCUCCUCUGUUCUACAGAAUUUCCAGAAACUUCCCUAAAACCUCAAUUAACUUAACCUCGCAUGAAUUUCUUCUUCUGCAAAAUUCCCCAAAUUUGCAUACUGUUUCAUUGGAUUGAUUCCUUCUCCUCAAUUCACAACUUCGUUUUCUGAUUUCCCGUCGUUUUCUAGGUAAAUUUUCGACAUUUCUUGUUUUCCCGCCCAGAAGAAUUUUGUCUUAGGGUUUGUUCAUUGCUUUAUCUCAAGUGUUCUUCGCAAAAAUUAAAGAAAUUUCUCCUCUUUUGCUUUAAUCUCGCAAUUUCUGUUCUUGUUUUCGAUUUUUUGAUUUUAUUAGGCUUUUAAACUGCGCAAUGGUUUUCGUUUUAAAUGUCUGAAUAUAUUCUGAGUUUUCGCUUUGUUUUUGCGAAGAACUGCUAUGAUUUAGCGUAGAUGCAUGCUGUUUGUGUUAAUCGCUGUUACUUGAGGAAAUUAGGUUUAAAUAAAGUUGGAAUUUCUGGGUUUUAGUUUUUGUGGUAAAAUGACGAGGGAAGGAAGAAGAAUGGUAGAUAGACAAGAUGAUGAUGGUAGAAGAGAAAUGGAUUAUCAUGGAGAGAGAACUGGGGAAAAAGAACGCGGUAGUAGUCGACAUUGGUCUGCUGAAGAUAGAGGGUUUGGUUUGGUUAGAAUGAGCCGAAAUGGUGAUGAACAAUUGCGGACAUUUUCGCGGUUUAAUGAUCAGGAUGUUCCAAUUAGGGAUGGUGCUGCUGAAGAGAGAGGGGUUGGCUUGGUUAGAAUGAGCCGAAAUGGUGAUGAACAAUUGCAUACAUUUUUUUCGCGGUUUAAUGAUCAUGAUAUUCCAAUUAGGGAUGGUGCUGCUGAAGAGAGAGGAGUUGGCUUGGUUAGAAUGAGCCGAAAUGGUGAUGAACAAUUGCAGACAUUUUCGCGGUUUAAUGAUCAGGAUGUUCCAAUUAGGGAUGGUGUUGUUGAAGAGAGAGGGGUUGGCUUGGUUAGAAUGAGCCGAAAUGGUGAUAGGCAAUUGCGGACAUUUUCGCGGUUUAAUGAUCAGGAUAUUCCAAUUAGGGAUGGUGAUACGGCUUCGAAGUUUCAGUGGAAGAAUUUGAUGAGAGAAUCAGGGAAUUCUAUGGUUGAUGGCAUGGAAAGGGGUUAUCUAGAUAGUGGGCAUGCCAAUAAUGGUAGGGAAAUGAUAAUUGUGGAAGGCGAGGUGAUUAGGAAUUUACCAACUAAUGAAUAUAAUGCUCGUAAUGCUGAAUACCGUGGACGUACUAGGAAUGUGGCACGUGUUUUGGUUGAGGAUCUGGAAUAUCAUGGAAGUAUUAGGAAUGUUGUGACUGAACUUCCGAAUGAAGGUGCUGAGUAUCAUAGACAGAAUAGGAAUGUGACUGGUUUUCGGAUUGAAGAUGCUGAUUGUAAUGGACACACUAGGAAUUUGACUGGUCUUCAGAUUGAAAAUGCUGAUUAUAAUGGAAACAACAGGAAUAUGAUAAGCUCUAGGAAAGAGACUGGGCUUUCAGUUGAAGAUGCUGAAUAUCAUAGAUGCACAAGGAGUGUGAUGACUAGUCAUCCAGCUGAAGAUGGUGGGAGGUUUUUGGCAAGGAACUAUUCUCAGCGUAUGGAUAGGGAAUUUUCGUUAGUGAAAUCUUACGGGGAGGGAAAUUAUAAUAGGUUUCAGGGUGAGGAUAGCUCUUGUAGUUUGACUCCACGUUCACAGUCUAGUGGUCAACAUACCCCAUCGCAAGGAAUUAUCUUUUCAAAUUUGGAAGUUCCACGCCAAGUAAUUUUCCAUCAUCCUGCUGAUGGGCUUGGAACUUGUGGGAAUAAUCCAUCUUCAAGUUGCUAUGAUUCCCAUGGAAUAUUAUACUCUAAAGCUGGUACAAAUGCUUUAUCUAUUUCAAAUAAUGAUGGUGUUUAUCUAAGAGCAGGGCAUAAUUCAAACACGGGCAGGCAUGCUGAGUGUAUGCAUUCAGAGAGUCAAAGUUCUGGAAAGAGUUAUAGAAGAGCUUUAUCAGAAGAUGCCUAUGACAAAUAUGAGAAUGUCCAAGAUUACAAUAAUUAUGGAGAAACAUUUGGAAAUGACACUUUAAAUCCUGCCUUGCCCAGAUAUAAAGAUGAUAGACGACAUAGUUCUGAUCACACACUGCAAGAGGCACCUAUCACGGAUGUCAAUGGCUUUAGAAUGACUGCCCAUGAGAUAGAAUAUGGUGGGGUUGAAUUGAAACCAACGAAUAGCUAUCGUGAACAUCAAACACGGGCUAAUUAUGAAACAACACCUCAUGAAGAGGAGUAUCCAUAUGAAAUUGAUGCGUAUGGUGUAUCAUAUGAAGACCAAACAAGGAACUAUUCAACGCUAGAGGAAGGAACUCUAAUUGUUGAUGAAGAUCCAGAGCAGAUAUUGAGGUCAAGAGAGAUUGAUUUGCAUGACCAGUCCAAGAAAAUUUCUAAAAGAAAGCGUGGGUUAGUUGGAAAGAUGAGUGGGCCUAAGCACAGAACUUCUACCUUGGGUGGUAGAGGUGCUUUGAGCUAUGAUAAUAGGCUUCUAACUGCUGAGCUUGAUAAUGAGUUAGGUCACUCAAAUAGGAGUUCAGGUCAUUAUUUUCAUUCAAAUGAAACUGCAAGAAAGCCUAAAAGUGAAUCUAAACAGCCAUUUGGUGGUUUGUCUAAGAAAUUGCAAAGCCGUUUAAGCAAACCUGGUGAAACUGACAGCAAUGAUAUAAAAAACCGGCUUAAGUACCCUCAUUUUAUACCUCGUUGUUAUGGACCUAAAGCCUCAAAAUUUUUGAAGGGAAAUGUUAAAAGCACUGUCAAGCCUUCUCUGAAUGUUAACCACAUUGAUUCACAACCUCAUGGCAAAGAAAAAUGCAACAGCACUAGAAAGAGGCUCAAGCGACCAUCUUUUAUGGAUGUUUCUCCAUCUGAUUCUCAAGUUUCACAUUCUAGACUUGACUUGGAGUCUCAGCAGAAGCUAGCUGCUAAAAACUCUGGGAGUACAAAAGAGGCAGGUCCUCCUCAAGAAGCUGAUCCAGACCAUUCAAUACUCAAGGUGAAACCCAUGGAGAAAGAUCCUCCAGAAGACUCUGAAGAACUUAAGCGUCAGGUGGACCAUUGGUGUUUAAAAUGCAUGCUUUAUUUGAAUACAAACCUAGGUCAACAGAAAAAGUUCAAGGAGCAAGGAAAAGCUGGCACAUUGAAGUGCGUCAUAUGUUCCAGCUCUAAAGAGUUUAUUCAAACAAAAGAUGUUGCAGCGCAUGCAUUUACAUCUGUUAAGGUUGGGUUUAGAGCAGCACACCUAGGGUUUCAUAGAGCUCUAUGUAUCUUGAUGGGAUGGGAUCCAACAGUUGCUUCUAAUGGCCGGUGGGUUUGUCAGUCUUUACCUGAUGCAGAAGCUUGGGCUUUAAAGGAGAGAUAUGGGUUUGAGUGAAGAAAAGACCACAAUAUGCUAUGGAAAACCUGGAAAUCCAAAUAUUAUAUUGGCAAAGUUCAAUGGAACUCUUUCUGGCUUGCAAGAAGCAGAAAGACUUCAUAAUGUUUUUUCUCAGAAAAAACAUGGAAGGGCUGAGCUUCAAGAGAUAGAUGCUGGAAUUGGGAGCAAUGAGGGAGAUUCUCAAAAGCCAGAAGACAAGGCAGAAGACUCACUAUAUGGAUAUCUCGUGAUUGUGGAGGACUUCGACAAACUGAAUUAUGAUAUGAGGCGACAUUGUGUUGCAAAGUGUAAGAAGGAUAUUCUUGCUUGCAUGGAUACUGCUAGUUAAUAGUUGAAGAGAAGCUGCAGCAUGCCACAGCUGGAUGACUGUUUUGGUUCAAUCUUUUUUUUUUUUUCUUUUUGUCAGCUCAAUUGUAAAUUUUCAUGAAGCUACUGCCUCUUUGCAAGUCCUCUUCCUCAUACCCUCGGCCUCGUCCCAAGAUGAACUUUUUUUUGAACCAUUUAGUUUCCGGUGCAAGUCCUAGUUAGUUGACAAUCAGAAUUAGAGUGCCAAAAUUAAUUUUUGGAGUGUCGAAAAUGUGGAUAAAUGGCUUUUCUUUUGUUGAUUGGCACAUAUAUAUGUAGACACUAGACACUUUUUUACUCUGUUUCAACUCUUUCAAGCAUCAAUGAACAAAUACUUCGUAUA